GAAACAGCGGCGUUGGGGCAGUUGUGCACCAGCUUGGAUUGCAAGACCAUGCGAAUACUCGGAGACUACGCAUGCAGGGCGACAUUGAGCAAUGAGCUCAACAAACAGUGGGUUGACAACAUUGAUUGUCGUUGUCGGCACUAGUCGCCCAAGCCGAGCAGGAAACGAAUGCCAACAUGAAAAGCUGAUAAAUCGACCGCUGGAAUGCCAUUUCCCCUCAGAUUUGCAGCUCUGAAGAUCAUUCCUCCACACUCUUUCUUACAAAUCCACAUCGGCAUCAAUGAAGGACGUACGGGUCGAAGAGCUCUCCACGGGCCCGCUUUUCAGUGUGCGGGAAGCACUGAUCGAACGCGUUCGUGAGGCACAGAUUUUCUGGACAGAAGCGUUUCGGGAUGUACAUUCGCGGACACUCUUCACCACCUCGCCCAAGCACAACAUAUCCAACCAAGAUUGCACCUUCACUUUGAAAUUAGACGACAAGCAGUUGCAGGAUCAACUGCAUAGGGUGGAGAAGGAAUGUGGCAUUGAGCGUAAGAUCCUCUUCGAGGCACUCUGGGCUAUUGUUGUUCAAAGCCAUACCACAUCGGAAGAGGCGGUGUUCGGUGCCGCCAACCAAGCUUGCAGCCUACUCGGAGAGUUAAGAAGCACAGACAUCUAUCCGUUGCGGAUCACCACCAGCCCGGACACCAAGUUCGUGGAUCUCGUCUCCGCAAUCGAGGAUUUCCAUCGGAGAUGUUUUCGACAUGGCUAUUUCGGCUUGGCAGAGAUAAGUCAUCUUUUGCCAGAGGCUUUGCAGAGCGCGGUCUACUACUCCCUGACACCGCUCGGUAAGCUGGACGAUUUACCACCUGUCCCACUGGUGUUGGUCAUCUCAUCCACUUCGACGCUGCAGCUCUCGUUGCAUGCACGGUCAACAGUGGAGCCCCGUGAGGCUGAGAUAUUACUAUCACACUUUGUCGUGGCGCUUCAAAGUGCGCUCUCGAAGCCCUAUCUCCCUCACGCAACAAUUUCGAGCAUCAAUCUCGCUUCUCUUGAAGAGCAAUUCACGACUGUUCGUGCCAAUCGCAGCAAUAACCCCGAGCAUGCUUCCACAAUUGUGCAUCUGUUCGAGGAGACCGCAAGAAAACAUCCAACCAGAAUCGCCAUUGAGAAUGAACGACACGAUAAACUUUCGUAUGACGAACUCAACAUCAUGUCGAACAGGCUAUCUCGGAGACUGCCAAUCGACAAAGGUGACAUCGUGCCUGUCUGCAUGGAUCGCUCCACCGACUUGAUCGUCACUCUGCUAGCCAUCUUGAAGGCUGGAUCCGCAUACACCGUGCUCGAUCCUGACGGUCCGUCCGAGCGAAAUGCACAGAUUGUCGCCGCUUCUGAUGCCAAGGUCGUCAUUGCAAACGACAAAUAUGCCGAGCUCUUCGCAAAUGCAAUUGAGGUGGACAUUCUGUUGACCGCGUGCCGCCAAUCGCAAAGUAUGCACGAUGGCUACAAUCGGCAAGUGACAAUCAGCGCUGACGACAAGUCGUACAUCAUAUACACCAGCGGCUCAACGGGUAAGCCUAAAGGCGUUGUGCUUACCCACCGUGCAGCAACAAACGGCAUGCAUUACCACAACCUCAAUGGCAGGAACCGCUGGUUGCUCUUCUAUAAUCCCACAUUCUCUGCGGCGCAACGUACCAUGCUCUCGACGCUGGUCCAUGGCGGCACCCUCAUCGUUGCACAGAAGAGCGCCAUACAGAGUAAUCUAGCUGGACUGAUCCAAUCCAUGCGAGUGCAAAGUUUGGGUAUUACCCCUUCGGCGCUCUCUACCAUCCGGCCAUCCGAUGUUCCGACACUCGAGCAGGUCACUCUAGUUGGAGCUUUGGUCACGGAAUGGGCAGAUCAUGUCGACCUGCGAAACACUUAUGGUUUGAGCGAAGUGACCCAGCUCAACUUCGGCACUCGUCUUACGUCAAAGUCGAACCCGAGGGUCGUCGGGCGACCAUCAGACACCACAAGCGUAUAUGUACUAGUGCCAGGCACGACGGAGCUUGCACCAACAGGCGUCGCGGGCGAACUUGGCCUGGCUGGUCCACAGCUGGGCUUGGGUUAUUUGGCAGAUCCUGAACGCACUGACAAAGUGUUCAUCGACAACCCUUUCGGCAGAGGCAAACUUUAUCGUACCGGUGAUCUUGCUAGGAUGCGUCAUGACGGCUCCAUUGAGAUCCUGGGUCGUAUCGAUUUCCAAGCCAAAAUUGCUGGUCAAAAGGUCGAACCUGCCGAAAUUGAUGCGGCAUUGAUCAAACACGAGGACAUUCGAAGCUCUAUCACUGUGGCUGCCGAUGUUGCGCAGCGGAGAGCCUUGGUGACGGGCGUUGUCGUACAAGCCGCUGACUGGACGUCUACGCUACAGAGCAUUCGACGUCAUGCAGAACUUCUGCUCCCAGGUUAUAUGAUACCAUCUUAUUGGUUGCGCUUGGAGGAGGUCCCCAAGAACAUCAACGGCAAGGCAGAUCUGCUCCGUUUCCGAAACAUGGUCGAAGGUAUGACUGUCGAGGAAUUGUUGGAACAGUCGCUUGCAACUACCGGAGGCAGCACUGCCGUGCAAGACCCCAUGGAGCAGUCGAUCGCAAGCAUCUGGGCCAAGGUGUUGAACUUGGAUCCAUCACUGAUCAAAAGAGAGCAUAGCUUCGUUGCCCUCGGGGGUAGCUCGGUCCAGGCUAUCAGAGCUCUCCAAGAGUUGCGCAAGGCAGGGCUGCAGACUACUCUGAACGACAUCUUGUCUGAGAUGUCCAUCGCUCAAGCGUCAUCAACGUACACGAAGCUUGUGGGUAACGAGGAGCAAGACCUCUUACCAUUCGAAUUGAUCAAGAGCGAGGAUCUCAAGCAGAGCCUAUCUGUGGAUCCAAACGUGAUCGAUGCGUACCCAGCAACCGCGCUGCAGCAAGAGUUACUCUCAUCUCUUGGCACCGAGCACGACCACUACAUCUACCGUCGGAUAUGGGAUGCGUCAGGCCUCGAUCUGGAGAAACUCAAACGCAGUUUCGAGACCGCCUUCGAGCAAAGCGACAUACUCAAGACCAGCUUCAUCGUGAACGGCCGAGAUAUCUUCCAAGUCGUCAGAUCAGAUGCAAAACUGCCAUGGACCGAGACUGAUCUAGACCUCGAGACUUUCAUCGCCCAAGAUGAAUCUAUUCCGAUGUCCAUGGAAGGUCCACUCUUUCGCAUCACACUGAUCUCGAGGCAGCUCUUGGUAGUGUCAAUGCACCAUUCAUUUUUUGACUUCUGGUCGUACAGAUUCUUGUACGAAGACGUCGCCAGGAUCUAUCAGGGACUCGAUGUGCCUCCGCGAGCUCCAUUUAAGCGGUACAUCAGCCAUAUCUCUGGUUCGGAUGAAAGAGCCUCUCGCAGAUUCUGGAAGAAACAGCUCACUGGCGCAGAGCAAACGAUGCUCAACCAUCACCCAAGUACGCAGACCUCAAAGCUGUCGCGCAAAGUCGCAUUGGGAAAGAUACACGAUCAAGGAAAGACUCUUGGCCUCACCACCGGGGCAAUCCUGUACACUGCAUGGGCCAUUCUGCUGUACAAACAUACUGGCCACGCGGAUGUGACAUUCAUGACAUCCCUUUCUGGUCGAGAUGCCCCUGUUUCCAACAUCGACCGCAUAGACGGCCCAACACUCUCCAUGGCACCAUUGAGAACAACGAUUGAUCCUGAGCAGAAAGCUGCAGACAUGGCAAAAUCCAUCGGUGCCGCCGUCAGGCAAGUUGCCGAACAUUCUCAUUACGGCCUCCGAAAUGCACUGUCUGCUGCGGGCCUACAACAGGGUCUCUUUGAUACCUUUCUCAACAUCCUCAUCAGUCCACAGCAGGAUCCCAGCGUAGAAGCUGUCUUCAAGCGCUAUGGGCCAGAGUGGUCGUGGGACAAUGCCUUUACGACCAUGGAGGUGGAGGAAACUCCAGAGCAGCUGGUAUUCCGACUAUCCGGGCGUAUGGAUGGUCGUCUCCUGAGUUACGUCCUUGACUCGUACAUCCUCAUUAUCGAGGAGAUCGUUGCAGACCCGCAUCAAAAGCUGAGUGGCAUGGAUGUCAUAGCACCGGCAGAACGAGAGUAUUUGCAAAACACCUUGAGCAAUCGGAAAACACUCAAGACGCCUGCUCCGGAGCUGUUGCACGCUCGCUUCGAAGCUCACGCCACGAAAACUCCUGAUGCAGUUGCUAUCGACUGGAAUGGCGCAGACCAGGUCACUUACUCCGAGUUGGACGAUCGAGCAAAUCAGCUUGCGCACCAUCUCAUAGAACAAGGCUGUCGUGUUGGCGAUCGAAUUCCACUGCUUCUGGAAAAGUCCAUCGACACUAUCGUGGCAAUCCUGGGAGUCAUGAAAGCUGGCGCCGCGUAUGUUCCGUUGAAUCCAGAGAACCCAGUGGAGCGCAAUUUGUUCAUCAUGAACGAUGUUGAGGCUAAAACCUUGAUUAUGCAUUCCGUGCAUGCUGACUUUUGCUCGCAUCAUGACCUGCCUACGAUCAUGAUUGACCAAUUGGACCUCCGAGCAUCUCACACAUCAGGGCCGGUGGUAUCAACGACGCCUGGGGACCUCGCUUACAUCAUCUAUACUUCUGGUUCAUCGGGCACUCCGAAAGGUGUCAAGGUUCCGCAUCGUUCAGCUGCAGCGGCAGUGACCAGCAUGGAAGUCGCCGAGGGUCGCGGAGCAGGAGCAUGGCGCACUCUCCAAUUCGCGAACUAUGUCUUCGACGCCUCUGUGCAAGACAUAUUCAACACGCUCUCUACGUGUGGCACACUUUGCAUGGCUCCCCAGGACGAGAUGCUCUCCAAUCUUGCUGGCAAGAUCCAGUCAAUGCGAGUGAAGCAAGCCAUAAUCACGCCAACUGUGGCAAAACUGCUCAAGCCAAGCGAAGUUCCUACAAUGACGACGCUCAUCGUUGGCGGCGAGCCUUUGACGAGUGAUGUAGUUUCUGUUUGGGGACCCGAUCACCAGAUCCUGAACGUGUACGGACCGACCGAGACCAGCAUGGUCGUCACGACGAAAGACGUGCAGCAAGGGGAUCUGAUCUCCAACAUCGGUGCACCAUUCCCAACAGUGAUGGCCUUCAUUGUUGACCCGGACGGGCUCUCCUUGAUACCAUACGGAGCUGUCGGUGAGCUUUGCAUCGCUGGGCCUCAAGUCACAGAUGGGUACGUCAACAGGCCUGAUCUGACCAGUGCCGCAUUUGUGGACGGCGAAGAGUUGGGUGUCGACAAGCUGUACCGUACCGGUGACCUCGCACGUUGGCUUCCCAAUGGUGAGAUCUCGUGUCUAGGUCGGAAAGACGGCCAAGUCAAGAUCCACGGCCACCGCAUCGAACUCGGCGAGAUUGAAGUGGCACUUUUGAAGACGGGACUCGUCGAAGAAAGCGCAGUCGUAGUCUCAACUGUCAAUGGAAAGCCCACUCUUGUGGCAUUCUGCGUUUUCGAUACUGCGGAAUCCUCAGCCAUUCGGGACGCUGAAGAGCACGCCGAGGACAUCAAACUCCUCCGCGAAGGUCUAACACAUUCCGGAUUGACGCCAUACAUGAUACCAGGUGUUGUGCUGCCUGUUGGUAGUUUGCCAAAGCUUCCAAGUCGCAAAGUCGAUCGAAAGACCCUCAAGAAGCAAGUUGAGCAGUUGGACGCGGCAUUCAUGCGCCAGUAUAGCCUCUGCAAAGGACCUUCACACGCUCACGAGGCACCAGAGACUGAAAACGAAGUUGUCCUUGAAAAGGCUUGGAGCGCGGUGCUCAAUAUUCCCUUGUCUGACAUUGGACGCAAAGCUGAUUUCAGAGCACUUGGAGGCGACUCGAUCGCUGCGAUCUCGCUGUCGAGCCAUGUCAGCCGUGAGAAGUUCACUCUGAGUGUCAACAACAUCCUCAAGCAUUCCCGACUCGACGAAAUGGCAGCGAAGAUGCAAGCGAAGAGUGCCAAUGGGAGCUCGCAGGCUAAACCGGCGUUUGUCGUUCCUACAGAGGCCUGGGCUGCCGCAGAGGCAGCUGGUCUCAAUUGGGAGUCUGAUGUGGAAUAUGUCUACCCGUGCCCGCCAGGCCAAGCUGAAUUCGCCUCACAAGGAUCGCGUGAUGAGCAGAUGUGGGUGCUGAUGACUGUACGCCGCAUGCCUGCUGGAACGGACUUGGACAAAUGGAUCUCAGCCACAACAGAGCUUAUCCGCAUCGAAGAUAUAUUGCGAACUUCGUGGCUCUGUCUUGCCAGUGGGGACUGGGUCGGUGUCGUUCUGCGAUCAAACAAGCCGCGCCUGGAAGUCAUCGACUGUGCGUCGGAAUCUGCGUCGACUGAGAUUAUCGAGAAGUUUUGGGCCGAAAAAUUUGUGUUUGGUGAACCCUGGAUCAAGUUCGCCUUGCUCAAGUAUCCCGACGGCUCAUUCGACACUGUGGUGAAGCUCAAUCACGCCGUGUAUGAUGGUACGCUUCUUCGUAUCUUCGAUGACCACUUUGGGGCCAUUCUUGCCGGUCAACCCAUCCCGCCGCAUGGCCAAUUCAAGGACUUCGCCUUCCACAUCUACAACUCCGACAAGGCGCAAACACUAGAUUUCUGGAAGCAGACCAUGGCUGACCGCCGGUCGGCAUACCUGUCCGAGGCCAUUUCACCUAAAAUCACGGCAGCCAAGCGCAGUCUCAUCGACACCCAGCUUGAUGACCUCGUAUCCAGUACAGGAGUCAGCCAGUCUUCGAUUUUCCAGGCCGCGUAUCAGCUCUGGCUCAGCCGUGCCAGCGGAGAUUCCGAUGUAAACUUUGACUACUUGCUCUCAGGCAGGAAUAUCGACCUUCCAGAUCCUCUCACGAUAAAUGGCACGCUCGCAAACUUCCUUCCCGUCAGGCACAAGAUCGAUCAAGACAGCUGCACCCUCCAAGACUUCCUCCAAGCCACUCAAGACGGCUUCUGGGCCAUGAGUGAGAACGGCAACGUGGGGUUGCAUGAUAUUUACGCCGCUGCUGGAUUGGAUCGCCAGGCCUUUGGCAACCGCACUUUGUUCCUCUUCCAGCCCUUCGAACCUGCGGGCGCGCCAGACGAGAUGAGAUGGUUGAUCCUGGCCAAGAGCCGGGUGCGAAUGUAUCAGCCGUAUGCUCUGGUGGUAGAAGUUGCGAAGGCUCCAGAGGGAAGGCAUAAGUUGGCAGUGAUGUACGAUGAAACGGUGUUCGACGUAGAGAGGGUGGAGAGCAUUGUCGUGGAGAUCAAACGACUUGUAGAGAAUUUCGCGAAACCUGGGAUGGAAGGUGCGCUGCUGAAAGAGUUUUAG